GCUUCGUUAGUUGAAUUAAAACACGAGCAGUGAGAACCAAGUUACAAGCGAAGCGAUAAUUCAAGUUUUCAAGUAUUAUUAUUUGUUAACAAGUUAGUGCCAGUAUGUCCCUGUUGCCAUUUUUCGACGAUUCUUAUCUUCUCCGCCCCUCGAGGCUUUUGAAUCAACACUUUGGACUGCCAUUGGAACCAGAAGAUAUACUCGGUACUGUGUUUAACCCUAGACUUUCCGUUAGGUGUCCAGCUGGUUACGUUAGAAACUGGUUAGAUGAAGCUCGUGAUGUAGGAUCCACAGUAAGUUUCGAUAAGGAUAAAUUUCAAGCUAACGUAGAUGUCCAGCAGUUCAAACCUGAGGAAAUAUCUGUGAAAGUUACUGGAGAUAACACGGUUACUAUCGAGGGCAAACAUGAAGAGAAGCAAGACGAACAUGGAUCUAUUUCGAGGCACUUUGUGAGGAGGUACGUUCUUCCACAAAAUUGCGAUAUUAAUCAGGUGCAAUCCAAAUUGUCAUCUGAUGGAGUUCUUACAAUUACUGCGCCCAAAGUGAAUGAAGAUAAAUCUAUCCAACAAAAAGAGAUCCCAAUUAUUCGUACUGGGGAACCAUUGAAGAAGGUGGAACAGAAAAAGGAAGAACAGAAAAAUGAAUGUGAACAAUCAAAACAACAUAGAUACAUACAUUUAAUACCUCUGUGUCCAGCUGGAUACAUCAGAAACUGGAUAGAUGAAGUCGGCGAUGUGGGAUCCACAGUAAAUUUCGACAAGAACAAAUUUCAAGCUAACGUCGAUAUCCAACAAUUUAAACCAGAGGAAAUAUCUGUGAAGAUCACUGGAGAUAACACGGUUACGAUUGAAGGCAAACACGAAGAGAAGCAAGACGAACAUGGAUAUAUUUCAAGGCAUUUUGUGAGGAGGUACGUUCUUCCACAGAAUUGCGAUAUUAAUCAGGUACAAUCUAAAUUGUCAUCUGAUGGGGUUCUUACCAUCACUGCCCCUAAGGUAGAUGAAGACAAGUCCAUCCAACAACGAGAGAUUCCCAUUAUUCGGACUGGGGAACCAUUAAAGAGGGUGGAACAGAAAAAAAGACGAAUAAAAAAUGAACCUUAA